GUACCGAAUUGGCCCCGCCCACUGCCAUAGUCUGCCCCUCUAUUACUGCUCAGAAUUCCCCGGGUUCCUCCGGAACUGUUCGGUCGUUUCCGUCUCCACAUCGGUACCAAUCGGCUCUUUCUAUUUGCCCAGCCGCCGCCCCCUCCCUUUCUGCGUUCAGACUCGUUUGUUUUCGUCUUGCCGAGGCUUUGAAUCGAAUCUAUUCGGAAGCCCUCGACUUGGGCAUAACCAUAAUCGGAAUUAUUCGGCUAUCUUCGGACCUGGGGCUGAGGCGCUGGGGCUCUUGGGUGUUUGGGGCUGGUUUAAGACCGGAAGUGCGUGGGUUAUUGGGUUGGCUCUGCUUAGGGUUUUCAGGAAACGUGGAAGAGACUACGGCAGCUGGAGCUGAAGGACUCUUGUGGUCUCUGGGCCCCCUUUGAAAGGAAAGGGGAGGUAACAGAUUAGGCUGGUCUGGAACUCCCAUGUAACUGAGGCUCCUCUUUUAACUGGUGAUCUUCCUGCCUCCACCAUGUAAGCCCUGUGUGCUACCACGCCUGGAUGCCACUGGAAUCACCUUCCUCGUCAGUGCCACCAAACAACAUAAACAGAUCCUCCCCUAUUCCAAUGUCUUACAUCACUUCCCAUGAGAUGAAGUGUAUUCUUCACUGGUUCGCCAGUUGGUCAGGUCCCCAGCGGGAACGUUUUCUACAAGACCUGGUUGCUAAGGCAGUGCCUGGAAAGCUGCAGCCACUGUUGGAUGGUCUGGAGCAGCUCAGUGUGUCUGGGGCAAACCGACCACCUUGUAUCUUUGAGUGUCAGCUGCGUCUUUGGGAUCAGUGGUUUCGAGGUUGGACUGAGAAGGAGCGCAAUGAAUUUGUCAGACAGCUGGAGGUCAGUGAACCGGAUUUCGUGGCCAAGUUUUACCAAGCAGUGGCUGCCACUGCUGGUAAAGACUGAUAGGCAUUCAGAUCGAGAAGAUAACUCCAUGUGAUCUAGCCAAAGACCAUGACUGUAGUGAGGAUUCAGUGCACCUGCUGGGGUAGUAGUGUGCCUUUUCUUCCAGCACCAGGAGGCAGGGGCAGCCUGGUCUACAGAUCAAGUUCCGAGCCAGUCAGUGCUACAAAGUGAGACCCUGCCUUAAGGGAAAAAAUUGCUUGAACUUCAUGAUGAGUGCCAGCACUAUUUUUAACUUCGUAAUAUGUCACCUGAACUCUGUAAAUGUGAUCCGUUUAAACAAAUCUGAUUAUGUCAGGCACCUGCUUUAUUUACAGAAGAUGUCUAAAUCUCAAGAAUUUGAUGACUUGUUACUGUAACUAAAAAGAACUUAUAUCUCAUU